AUGUCUUUCCUUAAAAAUAUACUUGCCCUGUCAAUGGGUAUGGCUUCUCUGGGAGGAGUCUACGCCAAACUGGAUCUUUCUUCUUCUUCGAAUGUCGUGGUAUACUGGGGUCAAAACUCGUUUGCUGGAACCGGAGAUCUCGCGCAGCAGAGACUCGGUUAUUACUGCGAUGAUUCAAACAUUGACGUUAUUGUGCUUGCUUUCUUGACGAGAGUUAAUGGCCAGGGCGGUGCCCCGGAAGUGGACUUCGCAAACGCCGGAGAUCGUUGCACAACGAUCGAAGGCACUAAUCUUCUCAAAUGCCCUGAGAUCGGGGAGGAUAUCACCAAAUGUCAGCAAAAGGGCAAAACCAUCAUCUUGUCGAUUGGGGGCGCUACUUACAGUGAAGGAGGAUUCCAAUCCGAGUCCGCUGCCAAAGACGGGGCUGAUCUGAUCUGGAAGACGUUUGGCCCGGCCCACAUUGUUCGUCGUCAGAAUCAAGUUCGGCGACCAUUCGGAGAUGCCGUGGUGGAUGGGUUUGAUUUCGACUUCGAGGCCCACGUUGAAAACAUGGCUCCCUUCGCGAACCGGCUUCGCGAAUUGUCUGAUGCCGAAACCUCCAAACAAUACUUCUUGACCGCGGCGCCGCAAUGCCCCUACCCCGACGCAGCGGACAAGGAUAUCCUGAACGGCCCGGUGUCCGUAGACGCCGUGUUCGUUCAGUUCUACAACAAUUUCUGCGGAGUUCAGUCAUUUGUCGAGGGCCAAAAUACGCAAAGCUCCUUCAACCUCGAGACCUGGGACAACUGGGCCAAAAAUGAUUCCCAGAACAAGAAGGCCAAAGUGAUUGUUGGGGUUCCAGCGAACACCGCCGCGGCCGGCUCCGGAUACAUCCCAGUCACCAAGCUGCAAUCUGUGAUCGAAUACAGCAAGACCUUCUCCAGCUUCGGAGGCGUCAUGAUGUGGGAUGUCACUCAGGCGUACGGAAAUGAUGGCUUCCUCGAGGGAACUCGACAGGCUCUCCGAAGCAGCAAGUCGCGCGUCUCGACGUGGCCCUAUCGCUACGAUCCAAUCCGAUGGUAG